AUGAAAGUUAAUCGUUUUUGGUAUGCUAAUGAUACAGAACAUAUACCGAUUAUAUGGCAUUAUAGUGCUGGUAUAUUUUCACUUUUAUGUUUAAUAUUUGGUAUAGUAUCAAAUGGUUUAGUUAUAUUUGUAUUCAUUAGAAAUAAUGUUUUACAAAGACCAAGAAAUUAUUUUCUUAUUAAUCUUGCUAUUACAGAUUUUAGUUUACUUUUAACUAAUAAUUCAAUGCAUGUUAUUUCAUCAUUUAAAACAAAAUGGAUAUUUGGACAGAUAGGUUGUAAUUUUUAUUCUGUUUGUGGUGGUAUAUUUGGUCUUACAUCAAUAUCAACAAUGGCAGCUAUUGCUUUAACUCGUUUAAUAGCUGUUAAUGAUCCUUUUAGUUCAUUAAGAUUAAGUAGUCAUUCUACUCUAAUUUGUCUUGCAUGUGCAUGGAUAUAUGGAUCUAUUUGGAUUAUGCCACCUUUAUUUGGUUGGAAUCGUUUUAUAUUAGAAGGUUUUGGAACAUCAUGUACAUUUGAUUAUGUAUCAAAAAAUUUACGAGAUCGUUCAUUUAUAUUAAUAUUAACAACGGGUGGUUUUUUUAUUCCAUUUUCAAUUAUUUUAUUUGCAUACAGUUUAAUUUUAAUUAAAUUAUAUCAACGUGGACGACAAUUUUCAUCACAAAUUAAAGAUGAUCAAUGUACUAAACAACAAGGUAUAACCUAUUAUUUUAAUCACGUAAGUUUAUCAAAUGAAGGUCGAGAUCGUCAAGGAACAACAGCAUCUAGUUCUUUAAGUGAUGAUAAUAAUAUAAUGCGAAAUAUUCGUCGUACAGAAGUUCGUGCAACACGUACAGCAUUACUCAUAUGUGCUGUAUUUUGUUCAGCAUGGGGACCUUAUGCAUUAAUGGCCUUAUUGUCUAUAUUUGGUUUUGAUCAUUUAGUAAAUGCUUAUACAACAUCACUACUUGGUAUGUUUACUAAAUUAGCUGCUUGUAUCAAUCCAUUGAUAUAUGCACUUUCAUUAAAUGGAUUUCGAGAACGAAUAUGUAUAUAUAUUAAAUGUAUAUAUCAUUGUAAAAAACAAUAUCAUGAUCGUUUGCUAUCACCUAAUUCUGAACCUAAUCGAAAAAGUAAUUUUAAUUUAAGAGAUACUACAUUUACUCGCAAACGUACACAAUCAGAACUAAUAGAGAGUUCGAAUCUCUAA